AUGAGUGGUCGCGGCAAAGGCGAUAAAACUCGGGUCAAGGCUAAGACCAGGUCGUCACGCGCGGGUCUCCAGUUCCCCGUCGGUCGUGUGCAUCGUCUGCUGCGCAAAGGCAACUAUGCCGAGCACGUUGGUGCUGGUGCCCCAGUUUACUUGGCCGCAGUCCUGGAAUACCUCGCUGCUGAGGUCCUGGAUUUGGCUGGCAAUGCUGCCCGUGACAACAACUGGACGUGCUGCACAAAGCUGAUCUGA